GUGGUAUACAGUAAUACUACAGGUUGUAUUUGGAAGGAGUGGGGGGGAGAGAGGAUUGUCAUCCUGAACCACUUCCCUAAUCUGUUCUUAGAGGCUUAGUGAGACCUCAGGUUAGAUUGACUGUGAUGUGUCAUUUGAGAGGGGGACCCAAACAAAUCCUUUACUUCUCUGGCAUUUAUUCAUUUGUUAUUUAAAUACACUCUCAAAUUUGCUGAAUUUAUUGCUUUUAAUCCCUGUUUUAAUCAUUACAUUUUCUUUUUGCAUUUUAUAGCUGUUCUUUAGGUUCUGGUUACUUUAUUCAGAUUUGCAGAUUACAGAUUAACAGGAUACAGCAGUUUUUGCAAGACUUGUCUUUUUCUUUUGCCUCUUCAUAUUUUCAUUUUUUUUCCGUUAGAGAUUUCUCACAAUGAAGGACAGAUUGGCUCAGCUCAAAGAGACAAGUGAUGUUGGAGGGGAUGAUAUUGAGGUUCCUGUGGAGAAUGAGGCUUUUAUGGAAGAUUUUUUUGCUCAGAUUGAGGAUAUCCGCUCCAGUAUUGAAAAGAUUGAUGAGAGUGUAACAGAAAUAAAAAAACUGUACUCCACCAUCUUGUCUGCCCCCACAUCUGACCAGAAAACACAGGAUGAUCUUGAAGCAGUCACCAACGUGAUUAAGAAAUCUGCCAACAAUGCAAGAAACAAACUCAAGAGCAUCGAAAACCAACUUGAGACAAACAAAGAUGAGAGGGCCUCUGCUGACCUCAGGAUAAGAAAAUCACAGCAUGCUAUCCUGGCGAAGAAAUUUGUAGAGGUAAUGACAAAAUACAAUGAGGCACAAGUUGACUUCAGAGACAAGAGUAAAGGACGGAUUGCCCGACAGCUUGAGAUCACCGGCAAAGCGACAACUGAUGAGGAACUGGAAGAGAUGCUAGAGGGAGGCAACUCCACUGUCUUCACUGCUGGGAUUAUGGAUUCAAAUUUAAACCAGCAGGCCCUGAACGAGAUUGAGGCUCGUCACAAAGACAUCAUUAGGUUGGAGAGUAGCAUCAAAGAGCUCCAUGACAUGUUUGUUGAUAUCGCUAUGCUAGUUGAGAACCAGGGUGGCAUGAUUGACAGAAUUGAAAGUAACAUGGACCAAUCAGUGGGCUUUGUAGAAAGAGCAGUCGCUGACACCAAGAAAGCCGCCAAGUUCCAACAGGAAGCACGUAGGCACCUGUCUUCAAUCAGCCUCAUCACCACCGGUGUAUAUAAGCCUGCCUGUUCCCGGAAAUCCUCGCCUAAUGCUGUGUUACUGACCCACGUCAUUCCUGCCACCAAGCCUGUUCUGUCCACUGCCUGCCACCUGUCCACGCCGCCACCUGCCAACACAUCCAGGACCACCUCCAUAACCUUUCCUCAAUAAACUGUUCAUCAUUUUACAUCUGCCGAGGCCUGGUCUUGGAUCCAGCUGCUCCCCUCACGUAACAGAAUACUUAGGCCACUAUGGACCCAGUAACUCUGGAGGCUCUGAAGAACGCACUAACCCUCCAAGGCGCCCACAUUGGACGACAGGAUAAAAACCUGCAAGAAAUCACCGAAACGCUCCACUCUCUUUUGCAACAUGUCUCCCUCCUUUCCCAACAGAUGCAAUACAUGCAACCCCCUGUAAGUACUCCCCCCAAGUAUGUCCCUCCACCCGAGCCCUACUCCGAGGACCUAGGUGCAUGUAGCCAGUUUAUUCUUAAUUCCUCACUCGUAUUCAAUCUCCAACCGUACAGUUAUCCCACAGAACGUUUCAAAGUAGCAUAUGUCACUAACCUCUUCCGCGGCAAAGCAGCAAAAUGGUCCGCUUCAUUAUGGCAAAACUCCCCUUCAUUCAUUCGAUUCUUUUUCCGCCGAACUCCGCAAAGUAUUUGAUCACCCAGUUCAGGGCAAAGAAGCCACCCGUCGCCUCCUCACCCUCACGCAGGGCGCUAAAUCAGCAGCGGAAUAUUCCAUUGAGUUCCGCAUAUUGGCAGGUGAAUGCGGGUGGGACGACACGGCGCUUGGGGGGAUUUUUUCAAAUGGCCUCUCUGACCAACUCAAGGAUGAGCAAGUGGUCCGGGACGAGCCCUCCUCUCUCGAGGAUCUCAUCACCCUUUCCAUUUGGCUUGAUAACCGACUGUGAGAGAGAGUACAAGAGACGAGGGUCCGCGUAUGUAAGAAUCCUCCCACUCAGAGCACCACACCGUCGGCUUCUCACCCGCCUCGCGCACUUCCGUCACUCCCCGUAGCUACCACAGAGCCCAUGCAAAUUGGUAAAUUUUGACCCACAGGAGCGUCAGCGUCGAGUCAUCCACCGGCUGUGUAUCUACUCCGGUCACUUUAUUUCCUCAUGCCCGCGUCGAUCAAAAGACCAGGCUCACCGUGACCCGAGAGCGUCAUGGUGAGCCAGACCUCCUUUCCCUGAAGCUCCCUCUCUCGCAUGACUGUUCCUACUUGCAUUAUCUAUUUCUGCUCAGAACACCCCCAUUACUGCCCUUAUAGAUUUCGGUGCCGAUGACAACUUCAUUCAUUAAGCAAUAAUUCACCAGCUCCAAAUCCCUCUCCAACCACUUCCGUCCCCGAAGAAAGUCACAGCCCUGGAUGGCCGAAUCAUCUCCCGCGUUACCCACCAAACAGUGCCAUUCACCUUGCUUAUUUCGGGUAAUCACCGUGAGAACAUCUCACUUUUUGUGAUCCCUUCCCCUGACACCCCAUUAGUCCUCGGAAUUCCCUCGCUCAAAAAAUACAACCCCUCCAUCGACUGGACACACUGCUCCAUCACCGGAUGGAGCCCUCACUGCCACUCACACUGCCUGCUCUCAGCUAUACCGCCCUCUGAUAAAUCGCCACCCCCUUCCACGCCCGUUGACCUCUCCUGAGUCCCUGGAGAAUACCAUGAUCUCUCUCUUCACCAAAGACCUGGCCAUUUCUCGACCCCCCGCACUGCCCGUAUCUACUGCCAGGGGCCCCUCUUCCUUCCUUCCGUCUCUACAACCUUUCCCAACCUGAGAAAAAGGCAAUGGAGGACUAUAUCCAUGACUCUCUGGCUUCCGGACUAAUACGACCUUCCUCUUCUCCAGUAGGGGCCGGCUUCUUUUUUGUUGAAAACAAAGACACUACUCUUCACCCAUGUAUCGACUCCUAUGGUCUCAAUGACAUCACUGUCAAAAAUAAAUCUCCGCUUCCCCUCAUCGACCCCUUGCUUAAACCCCUCUGCGACGCCCGGAUAUUCACCAAGUUGGAUCUACGGAACGCCUACCACCUCAUCCGUAUCCGAGAGGGGGAUGAAUGGAAAACCGCUUUCAACACCCUUCUCGGACACUUCGAAUAUCAGGUCAUGCCGGUUGGAUUGACUAAUGCCCCCGCUGUCUUCCAGACCUUCAUGAACGACCGCACGCAAUAAACAGCUCGCGGACCGUCAUCGCUCCCCGGAGCCUGAAUACAAUGUGGGCCAAUCUGUCUGGCUUUCUUCUCACGACAUCCCUCUUCAGACAGAGUCCCGGAAACUCACUCCGCGUUUCGUUGGUCACUUCCCAAUUACCAAGAUCAUCAAUCCCACUUCCGUCCAAUUGUAGCUUCCACAGUCUCUGAAAAUUCAUCCCACAUUCCACGUCUCUUUGCUGAAGCCUGUCUCCACCUGCCUGCCAACUGUCCACGCCGCCGCCUGCCAACACAUCCAGGACCACCUCCAUAACCUUUCCUCAAUAAACUGUUCAUCAUUUUACGUCUGCCUCCGCCUGCUUUUGGGUCCAGCUACUCCCCACACGUGACAUUACCGGUGCAGCUGCAAGACUUUGAAAACUGUUUGUCCUGAUUUGAAACCCCAAGCAGCACGAAAUGUGAUUGAACCAUAAGCAGUUGAUUUGCCAAGACAAAAGUUUAAACAGUCAUUCUAUAUGCUUGAUCUGUAGUAUCAAGUUGGGAGUAUUUUAUAUUAAGAUAUGAUUCUUACACUACUUUUAUGGCCAAGCUUGUACACUAAAUUCGAGUCGAUGGGCGUGGUCUUGUCCGGUCCGCCGCCCCCUGGAUAUUUAACCUCUGACUUCCACCUCCUCCUCCUCUUUCAUGUUUAGCCCUCUGUCGUGUCUGGCUCGCUUGUUUUUCCUCAGCGCGGCGUGGCUGUGCCGCCGCCCCUCCCCUUCCUUUUGUUCUGGCCAAACGUGAGUUCUCUGAACUUGGUAGCGGAUCCCGAAAACAGGGGGGGGAGAGAGAUGGUCAUAUUCUACCAACGAGGUGUGAUGAACAACAAUUUUUCUUCAUCUUUUUCAUCAACCAAACCUGCCUCCUCGCCUCCUGAGACGACUGAGACAGACCAUCCCACCGACCAGCUGAUCUACAGUCGUGAGUAGACACUGCAAUCAUUGCCAAAAUGUACAAGAUUAGUGCCUAAUAAUUUUGGGGAAAUUACUAGCGUCACACAAAAUCCCAAUUUUGCUCUCUCUCGCUCUGACUCAACGCAUUAAACACACACAUUCACAUUUUUAGCCCAGCAGCACACGGUCUUAUUUCCCUUUUGGUAUGCCUUUUUUUUUGCUUUCACCAGCAUCCAUCCAUCCAUUUUCUGAGCCGCUUCUCCUCACUAGGGUGGCGGGCGUGCUGAAGCCUAUCCCAGCUGUCAUCGGGCAGGAGGCGGGGUACACCCUGAACUGGUUGCCAGCCAAUCGCAGGGCACAUACAAACAAACAACUCACAGUCACAUCUACGGGCAAUUUAGAGUCACCCAUUAAUGCAUGUUUUUGGGAUGUGGGAGGAAACCGGAGUGCCCGGGGAAAACCCACGCAGGCACGGGGAGAACAUGCAAACUCCACACAGGCGGGGCCGGGGAUUGAACCCGG